AUGCAUUGGGUAACACAGCUCGGAAUGAGUAAACUCGGAGUAUUGUUGAUAUGUUGGUUCUAUCAAAAAUUUCCUGGAGCUCUUGCUUUUCCAGUUAGUUCAUCCGGUACUUCAGAUUCCACUGAAUCAAAAUUAUGGUUACCACAAUUUCACUAUAUUUUGGGUUCAGUUGUAGUUGUAGCAAUGGUAUCAGCUUUUCUUGGAUGCCUUUGCUGCCGACGAGAACGUCGAGCGAAAGGAUUUCAGGAAUUUAAAGAUGGGAGCAUAGUCGGAAGUGAAACAAUUAUUGAACGUGGGUUGGAGUUGGAAGUGUCCCGAUCUACUAAUUCAACAAAUCAGUUUCAAUUUGAGCCUUUGACUGUUGAACGUUUUGUUCCUGAAACAAGAGGUAUAUUAAAUAAACCAUCAAAACCACCAUCACCUUCGCUUAUAAGUGAUAAUAGUCUUGAUAAAGAUGAAAAUAAUUUAUCACCUUUGAAAGAACUUCGACAGAGUACUGAUUCAGACUUGUGGCAGGCUGACGACAAAGCAUUUAGCACACCUCAAGCAAGUUUUAAACUUGGCCCUGGAGAACCAAUCAGAAACGCUCCGUUAGCUAGAACUGAUGUUAAUUUAGAAUCUGGAUCAGAAACUGAAGAAGAAAGUUGGAGAGGUAGGGUCGAACGAGGUGCUUAUACAGAAAAAGUUCGACAGAAAUCUAAAUCUGUUGCCGAUCUGAUGGUACUUGUACAUAUUGAUUCGGAUUCAGAAGCCGAAUGGUCCUUAGGCCCUCAAGUUAAUGAAAAACCAAGGAAGAAAUUAGCAUCUGGAAGUGUUGGUGACUUGAGAAGUACCGCUCGUGCAGAUGAAUUUGAUGAGGCUCUGAAAAAACUUCGCAAUUCUAACUCUGUAAAAAUCUUGAAAGAAUCAAAUGAAAAAAGCUUAGAAUCUGCUGAGUCAAUUUCUAAAGAAGAAAAUAAAAAUAUUGUAGAGUGUACAUCAACACCAAAAAAUAAUUUAACGUCAGCUCCUAAUAAUUUUGUUGAUGUUGAGCUCUGGAAAAAUGCUUUAGAAUUUGAAUUAGAACGUAAAGUUUCAGGAUUUGAUCUUGAGUCGAUUGAUUUUGGAAAAUUGAUUGGUGAUAAAUGUGAAUCAAGGUCAGCUUCUGACUUGCUUGAAACUUCAAUAUCUGCUCCAAAUACUCCACAAUCACGUGGUGAGGAUUUAUCUGUUGACAACGAGGAUUUUUCUAAUAGCGAAGAAGUUGAAACUGAGAGACGGAGACUUCCCGAUGGUGAUGAAGAAGAAGAUCGAAAACAUUUAUCAACCCCAGAUGAUGAGAGAAGUUCAGACAGUGGUUUCAGAGAUAAAGAAUCGUGUGAGGAAGAAGAAAAUCCAAUACCAUGUAGUCUAUCCCAUUCGGCUUUAAAUUCUUAUGGUGCUUUAUUUAAUACUCCACUUUCGGCAUCAACAGAGGAAGAACAGCUUAAAGUUUUAUUAGAGCUUGAUAAUAUUCUUGAUGCAGAGGACUGCAAGAGCUUAGAUGGGCAAGAUAUAUCUUUGUCGCCCAGUAAAAUAAAUUUAAAUAUUUUAGAAGAGGAUUCUAUAAUUUCAGCUUUAAAAUCACAACUUGAUUCUCCUAUUAGUGAUACUGACUUAAAAUUAAUUGAUGAAAAAAUUUUCGAUAAACUAGAUAUUAAAAUUAAUGAAAAAAAUAUUGAUUCUCCAGAAAAGCAAAUAGAAGAAGCCUCAAAUUUAGAACCAACUGAAAAUACUGUAAAUAAAUUAGAUAUUAAAGAUAAUAAAGACAUUAAUUUUGUAGAAAAAGUAAAUGAAGAGAUUCUAGAUUUUAAACUGAUUAGCACACAAGCUGUUGAAGAAUCAAUCGCAAAAGAUGAAAAAGUAAUAUUUCCUGAUAACAAGCAAACUGCAGAACCAGAUUUAGAAUUGAUUGAAAAAAAUGUAGAUAAAUUAAUUGCAGAAGUUGAAAGGAAUCUUAAUUCUAUAGAGAAAAAAUUCGAAGAACCAUUGGCAAAACUUGAAAGCUUAGAUAAAUCGAAUAUUGAAUCAUCCAUGGAAUCUCAGGAUCCUGAAAAUGAUAAUGAUGAUGAUGAAGAUAGUUCAACAAUGAGUCUUCGUAGUGAUAAUUCUUACGUUUCUUUUAAUCUUGAUGAAGAAUUUGUUGCAGCGAUUAGAAAUGAACUUCAGGAGAAACUUCCGCGUGCUCAGAUGUCGAUUGUUGAGUCACAAGAAUUGCGAGAUGACGAAGUAUCAGCAGUAAAUCUUUCAGAGAAUGAGAAAAAGUCAUGGGAAUAUGAAGAUGAUAAGAAUGAACGUGAAAGUAGUAAUAUUGAUAUUGCAAUAAGGUAUAAUCUGUAUGGAACUCCUUUGAGUCCUAUUCUUGAAGAACGUGAGAGCAAUGUAACAUCUGAGUCACUUGGAGAUGCAUCGAUCGCGUCAAAAUUGUCAGGAUUUUCCGAAGAUGUUUUAGUUGUUGAUACUAGAACAAAUCGAGUUUUGCUAGUGGAAGGUAGUUUCGAUCGCCAAGAUGACGACAGAGAUACGUCUCAUGGUGAUAUGACAGACGAAGAAAGUGCUGAUUGUGAUUCAAAUAAUUUUGAAAAUAAUUUAUUAGGAAUUCAAGACAAAAUAACUGGUGUACCAAUGCCUAGCCCUGAAGAAGAAUCUAAGUGGCAAGCACAAUUUCCUAUUCAACUCCAAGAUGAUCUUAUGUCUACAAGUUUUAGUACUGAACAUGAUUGGGAUAGUCAGGAUGAGGAUGAAAAAGCUGGUGAAGAUGCAACUGAAGAAGAUGACGAUGAUAGUUCGAGUUCUGGAGAAUUUGUCUGGAAGGAUUUAUGUGUUAAUACUUACUGCCAGGAGGAACUGGAUCAGAAAAAAAAUGUUUGGUUUAAAAAACAACGUUACCACUGUGUUUACGAAUAUCCAAAAGAAACCUUAGUCCCCGAAUGCCAAGGCCAAGCUACAACAACGUGGGAACCAACAUCUUACGCCGACUGGGAAGAAAUGUUGGAAGAGCCUAAGGUUGAUCAUUAUCCAAUUGACUAUGAAUCUAAUCACGAUAACGAAGAAUUCUUCGUCAGUAGUGGAAAUAGACCUUUUCAAUUUCAAGUAGGCGAUGGAAAGUAUGUAAGUCAAUUUUUCCCUGGAGCUGCUGAAUCAUCACAAGAAAAUGAAUCACACGGAAAUUUAAAAAUAAAUACAGUUGAUGAUAAUCAAAGUCAGCAACAGCAACAAACACAAUUGGGUAAACUCAGACAUACGAGAGAUAGAUUGAAGCUUAAUUUACCAAUAAAAAAUACUUCAGACACUUCAAGCACUGUGAUUAUUACUGAAAUUGAAACUGACCAAAAUGAACAGGUCAGCCGCAUAAAUGAUGAAAGUGAUACGAAAACUGAAAAGACUGAAACCAGUACAGAAUCUUCCAUUUCAAAAGAUGACCAAUCAAUUAUUUCUGUCUUAAGAUCUCCAAUGGAAUCAUCAUUUGAAAAUUCAAACCACGAAGAUAUUAAAAGCUCGAGCAAUGCAGAAAGUGACGGAGAAAUCAGCGAACUCGAGAUUUCUUUUUCUUGUAAAGAAAAUGCACCUGUAAAAUCAUCACGUAGACCACUUGUUAUUUCUGAUAAAAAUAAUAUUGCUAGUAAAGAUAAUCUUCCUGAUCAACCUCAUGAUGUAAUUGAAAGGGUAGAUGAUACAUUGACUAAUGUUCAAAAAGUAUCGGAAACUAUUAAAGAACAGGAACAAAAGCUAUUGGUAAUGGAGAAGAAACAGGAUGUUCUAUCAAAAGACGAAUGUUCAUUAAAACCGUCUGAAAAUGAUCAUGUGAUAAAUACAAGUGAAACGGAUGUUGAAUAA